AUGGAAGAAAAUGAAAAUCUCCGACGAUCAAAUCUUCUUUCAUCAUUUUCUCAAGAUCUGAUUCGUCAAGCUGAAACAGCGCCACCUGCAGAUUCUGAAGCCCUUCAACUGUCUUUAACAAAUCAUUUGGAUUUAUUCCGCAAUUUGUUGGAAGAAAAAGAAGACGAAAUCUUCUAUCUCGAGGACCGGCUGAAAAACUCAGAGGAGGAAAAAUCAUCUCUUCUUGAAAAACAAGCGAAGCAGUUCAAUUCACAAAUACGGCUUUUCCGAGAGCUUUUGGAAGAAAAAGAUGAAGAAGUUGAGCAAAAAAAUGAAGAACUAAAAAUCGAGAAGCGAAGUUUCAAAGAGCUAGAAAGCGAAAUUCAAGUCCAAGAGUCGACGAUUUUAUCGACAAAAAAUCAUGUCAAGUUGUUGUUUCAAAAAGCUCAAGAACUCUCAAAAAUAACGGACGAAAAAGCCGCCUUCCUCGAAAAUCAAAAUAAAGAAAAAGAGGCGCUAGAAAAUAAGCUUCAAUCUGCGGUAAAGAAAAACGAAUCCUGCGGCAAAAAACUCCUCCAAGCGAAAGGCGAAAAAACUAAGUUGAAAGAAGAGCUAGAAUCGUUGAAAAAUCAGCUUGCUAAAAUCAAGGAGGACAAACGCCUUUCAGAAGAACGAAGCUUACAACGGACAAAGAAGAUUUCAGAAAUGAAAGAAAUCGAGCUUCAAAAGCUAAAAUCGGAGAAUAAACGGCUCAAAUGCUCGCUAGAAUCGGAGCAAGAAGGAGCUGAAAGGCUUGAAGAAAGAUUUGCCGAUGAAGAAAUGAAGAUCAACCAACAAAGGGAAAAAAUGAACGAGCUCGCUUCAAAACUGCAAAAAAUGGAGGCUCUUUUAACAGCUAAAAAGACGGUGAAGAAGGACUUGGAAGUGUUUCCAGUCUUGAUCAACUCUGGAAAAGAUGAAAUGAAGGAAAAGAUUUUGGAAAAAUUCAAGUUUGAACGAGAAAGAAGAGUAGACGCUGAAAAGGAAUUGAGAAAUUGCGAGGCGAAAAGAAUUGAAUACGAACGAUUUUGUCUUAGGUUUUUACGAAGCACUGGAAUCGGAAUACGCCUUUCAAGAAACUUUGGCCUUGAAGAACUUAUGAGAAAUUUUAUUAUGAAUGAUUUCCUGUAA